CUUUAUAUAUUAAUGUUAUUCAAUUUUCUUUAAUAUUGUUUAACGCAUUCAAAUUGCAUUUGAUUAAAAGAACUUGAAAGUGUUUCGAAUAUGCGAUAAUACGUGAUAAUUGUAAAGGUUGUUCAGUCAAUGAGAAAAUCUAUUAAACGAUUCUAAUAAUUGUAUCAUUUGCGCCAAUCAAAAAAACAUUAAUUCUAAACAAUUUUGUAACGUAAGAAAUGUACGAGUUUGUAAAAAAUAAAAAACAGUAAAAACUUAAGAAGAAAGUAAAGAAAAAAAAUGUAAAAUGCUGAAGAAAAAAAGAAAGAGUGUCGUAGGCGCAAAGUGAAAUAAGGCACAAGCUGAAAGAAGCAAAAAAAUAAGUAGCAAGUGAGUAGAAGAUUGAUAAAAAAGUGUAAAAUUGUCUGCCGCGCCUCUCGGUGCUUUUAUAAAGAGACGGCGAUAGAAGCAUUGGCGGGGGUAGUAGCGGUAGCGGCGGGGGUAGCGGCGGCGGCUAGGCAGUGCUACUGAUAGUGGGGGAGGUGGGGAGAUCGACGGCGAGGGACGUGGAUGGUCGCCAUUUUGAUGGUGACGCGCAGCUCGGGUUCCACCAGUGACGAAGCCACUGGAGUUUUGACGUGGCUGCUACGUACCUGCUCGCUUGCCCACUCCGAUUGCAGCAAAGUUGGUGACGAGAAAUACGUAACUGGGCUCCUUGUACCCAGGCUAUGGAAAGUAUGGUCGAGGAAAAUGGAUCGGCCGUUGACCCAUUAUCACAGGGUUCCCAAAGUGGUGAUGCUGCUCCAGCAAUUGCAACAUCGGUACAGUCUCUCAAUAGAACGCCUCAACAGCAAACUCAUCAUCUGGUAGCUUCUACCAGCAUUGUGCAACUGACACUACCUUCAUCGGGAGCAACACAGGUUCAAUCAGUUAUACAACCCAAUCAGCAAUCCGUAAUUCAGACAGCAACAAACAUUCAACCUGUUGCUCUUUCCAAAGGAAAUGUUAUUCUUGUUAGCAAACCAAAUUCAGUCAUACAAACUGCUCAAGGCAGUUUACAAACGCUGCAGGUUGUCGAAACUGGGAGUGAUGAUAGUUUUACUGAUGAAGAAUCUCCUAAAACAAGAAGUAAUAUUCUUACCAGACGUCCAUCGUACAGAAAAAUUCUUAAUGAUCUAGGUGGUGGAGAAAUUACUGACGGUCGUUUACCCCCCAUAGAAUCUUCUUCAGAGUGUGAUUCUAAUGUGGACAGUGAAGUAUCUUCGCACUCUCUUCAUUAUCAGACAGUAAUACCUGCUGGCGCGAUUCAAAUUGCAACACAAGGGGAAGGCGUACCAGGGCUUCAUACGUUAACUAUGAGUAAUGCAGCAACGGCGGGUGGAACUAUAGUAGAAUAUACACAGACCCAAGAUGCACAAUAUUUUGUCCCAGCUUAUUCAGGACAUGGUGUAGUUGUUGAAGAUGCAGCUAGAAAAAGGGAAUUGAGGUUGCUGAAGAACAGGCAAGCGGCAAGAGAAUGUAGAAGAAAGAAAAAGGAAUAUAUUAAGUGCUUAGAAAAUCGUGUAGCAGUUUUAGAAAGCAGAAAUCAGACUUUAAUCGACGAACUGAAGUCUUUGAAGGAACUUUAUCAACAAAAAACUGACUGAGGUUGGUGUUCAAUAUUGAAACACUAUAUCAAAAUUAUUAAUUGAUUAUGGAAUCUGUACAUGUUUUGUUUGUGUACAUUAUCCUAAGACAUUGUUAGGUAAACGGUGGUGAUGUAAAUGCAUUCUUAUAGAUAAGCGUUCUGUAACAUACUAUAUUUAAGUGUGAAUACAAAGGCUUGUGAGACUUGCUAUUACUAAAGCGAGAAGCCAAAGGUAUAUGAAAUGUGGAAGUAGGGAAUGUAUAGGCAGAUAUUUGGGAGAUCAUCAUAUAUAUUUUGGAUAAAGAUGAUUAUUAAAUUCACACCAAUGUUCAUGCAUGGAGGAGAUUAAAAAAAGUGUUAAUGUUCAAAAUGUACAAUCCUUACAAAGACAGUAUGAUCAUGGUAUUUUGACAUAAAUGAUAUAUUACUGUAGCAUCACUGCGAUCUUCCAUAUUUGUACAUUAUAAAAUAGAUGAUCGCAAGAUAUUGCAGAGAAUAAUAUGAUGAUUUUAUAAAUAGACAAUUUGUGAUGAAUUUAGUCACUUA